CUCGCCGCUGAGCCCCAGUUGUUCCUGGAAGAAGCCCAGCCGGUUAUCCAGCCUCUCCACAGAAAAGUUGAGUAAAUACGGGGCACGGGAGACAAUUCGUGCAAUCGCAUGCCGGCUGAAUUUUUUGGAGCUCAGAUCCCAUAUAAAAGGGUACAUGAAGGCACAUAACUUCUGCUGCUCAGGAUCACAAGGCAGGAAUAUACAACAUGGCAGCUGAAAACAGGAUGAUCAACGAGCAGCAAGUGGAGGACAUCACCAUAGACUUCUUCUACAAGCCGCACACCAUCACCCUGCUCACCUUCACCAUCAUCAGCCUCAUGUACUUCGCCUUCACCAGGGAAGACACAAGCCCAGAACACAAUAUAUGGAAAGGAAUCCUGUCCGUCAUCUUCUUCUUCCUGAUAAUCAGUGUAUUAGCCUUCCCCAAUGGUCCCUUCACGAGGCCACACCCUGCACUAUGGAGGAUGGUGUUUGGCCUCAGCGUCCUUUAUUUCCUAUUUUUAGUAUUUCUUCUCUUCCUGAACUUGGAGCAGGUGAAGUCGGUCAUGUAUUGGCUGGAUCCAAAUCUGCGCUAUGCCACGAGAGAAGCCGACAUUAUGGAAUAUGCCAUCAAUUGCCAUGUGAUCACCUGGGAACGAAUUCUUAGUCACUUUGAUAUCUUUGCUUUUGGCCACUUCUGGGGCUGGGCCAUGAAGGCCUUACUGAUCCGCAGCUAUGGCCUGUGCUGGACAAUAAGCAUCACUUGGGAGCUGACAGAGCUGUUCUUUAUGCACCUUCUCCCUAAUUUUGCUGAGUGCUGGUGGGACCAGGUUAUUCUGGACAUCCUCCUAUGUAAUGGAGGCGGCAUCUUCCUUGGCAUGGUGGUCUGUCGCUUUUUGGAGAUGAGGACUUAUCACUGGGCAAGUUUCAAAGACAUUCACACCACCACGGGAAAAAUAAAGAGGGCAGUGCUGCAGUUUACCCCCGCCAGCUGGACCUACGUGCGUUGGUUUGACCCCAAGUCCUCAUUUCAGAGAGUGGCUGGAGUAUAUCUGUUUAUGAUCAUUUGGCAGCUGACGGAGCUCAAUACCUUCUUCUUGAAACAUAUCUUUAUAUUCCAAGCCAGUCACGCGCUGAGCUGGUGCCGGAUCCUCUUUAUUGGUACCAUUACAGCUCCGACAGUCAGGCAGUACUACGCAUAUCUAACAGAUACACAGUGCAAAAGAGUCGGUACGCAAUGCUGGGUAUUUGGAGCGAUCGCCUUCCUUGAAGCAUUAGUGUGUAUUAAGUUCGGGCAGGAUCUGUUCUCCAAGACUCAUUUGCUGUAUGUGGUGCUGUGGCUCCUGUGUGUGGCGAUAACAACUUUCCUUUGCCUCUAUGGAAUGGUGUGGUAUGCCGAUCACUGUGGACAACGACAAAAGAGCUUUUCUGAGUGUGAGGACAGUACAUAUAACACUGAUGUUCCCUGGCAGCAUAUAGAGAAGACAGAGGUUCCAGCAAAACACAGUGAAGGUACCACAACAUCCCGGAGAAAGAAUCGCAGAGGAAAAGUCACCAAUGGCGUUGGAAAGAAAUAGCUGAGCGAUUAAAUGCAAGCCUUAAUAGAGGUCUGGGGGCUGAACCUGGUGCUGCUAAUCUAUAUGUACUAUGGUUCAUGGAUUCACAGAGCCUGGAGAAGGCAGAAGGACAGAGGUUAUCAGCAAGAUGAUUGCGACUCCUGCAAGCGGGAAUUUCCAAACCAUUCACCUUUCCUGCCAUUUUUGACCCUGGAUCCUACUGUAAAUGUUUAACUGCUGACAAUAGGAUUCCGGUCCACACAAUAGCGGCCACCAUGCUGCACGGCUGGGAGGAUCCUGUAAGGUCUCCGACCUGCAAACCAUUUCUUUUUUAUUUUUUUUAUUUUUUUUUGUGAUGUGCUGCUUAUUGACGAUUCUUCUCUCCGCCAUCGGUCAAUGCUGAUGCUCCACUCCCCGAUGGCCUUUCUUUUACCAUAUAUAGUGUAAUCUUACGAAUGUGUUUUUGUUUUUCUAUAUGUUAAUUUUUUUUUUUUUUUUUUUUUUGGGUGCUUUACUUGUAGAUUUCCCAUGCAGGCUCUGGGAUAAGGCCAGUGUUAUGUCCCUGCUUUUAAUCUAUGUGAAUUUAGGCUUUUUUUCUCUCCUUUGUUUUGCACUCAAGGCAGGGACCAUCUACGUGACUCACUCCUGACCUGCUUACUUUUUGCUUUUAAUAUGGCAUAGAAAAAAAAUACGCACAAAAGAGACGAAACGCCACUUUCCAUAAAAUAAAUUUCCGCCUUAUAGUGUAUAAUUUGCAUGUCCAAAAUCCAAUGCUGCUAAAUACUUAGAGGUUUUCUUAAUUUUAUAUAUGAUUUAUGUUUGGGAUAGGUAAUCAAUUAUCAGAUCUGUGGGGUGACACUAUUGUUUUGCUGUUCGCUAGAGUCUUGGCGCCUCCAUAUACAGAAAACAGAGCUGAAAGCAGACAGCGCCGUACACUGUGUAGUAAAAAUAUAUGUAUCAGACAAAAUUCAGAUAGCACUCAGAUCCACUCACCCGGUGUAUGUGGUGGACUCAAACCAGAUGAGGUUGGUCCCCACAAAACACCUGAGAGCCAAAUACACGUGUGGAACAAUUGUCAAUAAUCUGGGUACUUCUCAUAUAUCCAAAAUGGAGGAGAGUGCCUGGUACUCCGGAUCCAUAUAAUGGGGUCCAUAUGAAAGUAGAAUAACAAAGGAAAAUAGAAUUCUAUUUUCUAUUUUCCUUGUUUUUUUCUAUUUUCCUUUGUUAUUGUACGCUGUGUAGUGGCUACAAUUGGUUACUGCAAAUCAGCUUCCAUUCACUUUACUGAGCUGCACUAACUCAGCAAUGCCACCAUGCUUUCUACUCGCGACUUGGUUCUCUGGGUACACCAGUGCUAUGGCUCUUGCAAACAGCUGAUCAGCUGAAGUGUUGGGUGUCAACACCACACCGAUCUGAUGAUAACCUAUGAUCCCUAUAAUUGUACUUUCAUAGGCAUCAUAGCUCCAUUUUUCACACAAAACCAGGGCUGUGGAGUCUGUAGAUAAAUGUUCAGACUCCGCAAUUUUUUUUUGUACUUCCGACUCCUCUGUAUUAAUAUGCGAAUGUAUUAAAGUUUAAGCUAACAA